CUCUCUCUAUCCCUUCGUUUUCAUCUCGAGUCGCUUCGCGGUGAGAAACGCAAUCGCCCCGUUUCCCCCUCCAUUCCCUCGCGUUUCCCCCGCUCUGUUCUUCGAUCGAUCGCUGGAUCGCGGGUAUCCGAGCGAUUCUAGGGUUUCCGAGCUUCGAUCCGAGUUCUUCGGCCAAGUUUGGGUCGCCAUGGGAGAGCGUUCGGGAGCUUCGGGUGUCUCCGGCUGCGUGUUUCUCCUCGGAUUUGGGGAUUUUGGUACGAUCAGCUCCGAUUGUGGCAAUGCUGUCAUUUUGAAGUUUCUAGGGUUCUUCUGAGCUGAUUUGAGAGGUUUUUUCGCCUUUUUUUUUUUCCGAAAUUUUGGGUUUCUAGUGAGAUUUUUGGUGUAAAGAUUAGAUUUUUUUUGUAGUUUGGAGUCGAAUUUGGGUUUGAAGGAGGUGAGAUCUGUGUAAUUUGGGGUGGGUUUCUACAAUGUCGGGGGCGCCUAGGGUUCGAUCGAUGAAUAUAGAUGAGGCGGAGGCAGAGGCAGAGGCGAGGCCGGUGCUGGUUCCGGCCGGGAACAAGGCCAGGGUCGGCCCCACGGCUCGGAAACCGGCUUCGAAGCCGGCGAGGAAGCCUCCGGAGAGGCUCGAGUUCGGAGGAGCCGAGGCGAAGAAGAAGGCUCCCAAAAACCCUAAUGAAAGUGUUUCCCCGGUGAUAUCGCCUCUUAGUGCUCCUCCUGUGUCGAGGAAGCACGAGCUUUUGCUGCGCCCGAACCUGUCGAUGAAUGCUUCGUGCUCGUCGGAUGCGUCCACCGAUUCGUCGUGCAGUAGGGCGUGCAGCAGGGCAUCGACAGGGAGGAUAGGGAAGGGUGGAUUGAUGAUUCGCCCCAGGUCGAGCGUCGUGAAGAGAGAUAAGGCUGUGUUGUUGAAGGAGGAAAAGGUCGUUCCCGACGGAGUUCCGGUGCAAUCGCCUGAGCUUGUUGAAGGAAAGAGGAAAUGCGCGUGGGUGACGCCGAAUACCGAUCCUUGUUAUGCCGCUUUCCAUGAUGAAGAAUGGGGAAUACCAGUUCAUGAUGAUAAAAAACUGUUUGAGCUACUCGUAUUAUCAGGUGCAUUGGCUGAACUUACGUGGCCAGCUAUUCUCAGCAAAAGGCACACAUUUAGGGACGUUUUCAUGGGUUUUGAUCCUGUCGAGGUUGCCAAAUUAAAUGAGAAAAAGACUGUAGCACCAGGAAGCAUUGCCAGCUCCCUUUUGUCCGAACCAAAGCUUCGAGCAGUCAUUGAAAAUGCACGCCAAAUACUCAAGAUCACUGAUGAGUUUGGGUCAUUCGAUCGAUACUGCUGGAGCUUUGUAAAUCACAAAUCCAUCACAAGCAGAUUCCGCUACCCCCGCCAGGUCCCUGUGAAGACCCCGAAAGCAGAAGUGAUUAGCAAAGACCUAGUUCGGAGGGGCUUUCGGAGCGUGGGGCCGACCGUCAUCUACUCCUUCAUGCAGGCGGCAGGGCUGACGAACGAUCACCUCAUCAGCUGCUUCCGCUUCGAAGAGUGCGCAGCCGAAGCCGAUGGAUUCAAGUCUAACGCGAAUGCUAAAAUCGAGUCUAAAAGUAUGGGCAAGGAGGAAGCCCUGAUCAGUGAUUUAGGGUUAUCAAGAGCAGUGGAUAUGCUUAACAUGUCAUAGCUUCUUUAUGUAAAUCAUCCAAUGUAGCUGUGUUGGAGAAGAGAGAGAGGUGAGGUGAGAGAAUCUUCUUUAUGUACAAAAAAAGAAGAAGAAGCAUAUUUAUGAUGAUUUAUGCAGCUUGCUUUGUAGAUUCUGCUCACAUGUUUCCAUAUGAGUAAAAGGCAGACAAACCACAUGAACUGAUUCUAUUUUUAGGGCAAAUGAGAGAGACAUGCAUGAGAAAAAGGAAAUGAAGAGACACUACUAUUGUUUUGGUAGGGCACACCAUUAAUCUUUUACAGGUAGGAGGAAACCAUAAAGGAGGUGGACCUCAAAUAAUUGCUACAAAAUCAUUAUUUUCUCAAAUCUAACAAAUGGGUCAGUUUUUCCUUUC